CAUCCUGCAAAAAGUCCUGGACCAGGCUGCUCCUUGAAUCCCUUCUCCUGUCCCUCCAUUGUCCCUAUAUGUGCCUUAUGCUUUCGGUCUCCUGCAGUGAUCCCAGAUAAUUCGUGGAUUACAGAUUUUGUGCAGAUCCAGAGCAGCUUUCCUAGAGAGGCCGAAUUUCGACUCGGGCUGAUCAACACCAUCGCAACCCGCACUCGUUUCCACAGUUCCUUAUCGCGCCCCAAAUUCAAACAUUAAACAACCAGAUACCCCAUUCAUAUGCUUCCAAGAAUGGCAAGGAGACAGUCUCUCGAGUCCCAGCGACCUAUCAUGGCACCAUCGCUUAGUUCUCAGCGGAACUCUCAACGCUUCUCCACGAUCAGCGAUCGUACCAUCUCAAGCAGCAUGACCAGCGAAAGCCGACUAAACGAAAUUAGAGAGCUGGGCGAAGGCCUGGACCGCCUGGAGAACAAGCGCCUAAAUCAGCAGCGGUUCGUGCCCAGUGCGGAGAAAUCCGAAAAUCUCAGUAAAUUAGCCCUCGGAGCGAAAGUCGAGCGUGCUUUGAGACGGAGAAUGACCAGCCAGGAUGCCGUCAUGCGCAAGCCGAUUAUUUUGGACGAGAAAAAAGCAUUGAAGGUCGCCGAAGCGCCAAACUAGAUCGAUUCAUUUAUACCCCCUCCCUGUUUAACGUGUCUCCGCGAUUUUAUUUGACUUGCAUCACCAUGGAUAUUUUUUCUUUUUUUUUUAAACAAAACUUCCCUUGAUAUAUUCUACCGGUUAUCCGCUCCCUCAGUGGGGGGCCAUGACCGUUUUGGAGGGAGUUGAUUAUAUGCGGGUUUGAUUAGCAGCUGGAUGUGCAUUGUGACGACUCUUUCUAGAUACCAGUUUUCAUGCCCAGUGACUCGAUGUUUGUGAUUCGAUUACAGGUUUCCCCAUACAUGUUUUGAUAGUUUAGAAAA